AACAAAAUACCUCUUUGAAAUGGUUGUUCUUUUUAUUUGUCUGCGUAUCAGUUUAGUUUGGGUGGUCAACAGUGACAACUGCCCUUCAGCAGCCAGGCUUUGUUUAAAUCCUCAGAUCUCAGACCAGCCAGCCCAUUUGUCCUCCAGUCGGUCAGCAGCUGAUGACUUCUCUGCAAAUAGCACGACGAAGUGGUGUCACAGCAGCAGGCCCAACCCCUCUUUUCACCUGAGGAGAAGGAGGGGCCCCACUGAGCUUGACAAGGGGAAAAACAAGGAAGAGCUCACACAGGCAGGCAGUUCAGUGUGUCUGUUCGCUUGCCCAGAUUGUGCCUUGGAGACGAAUGAAAAAGGAGUUUACCCUGCUGGUGGGUUCCUCAACAUGGAUAUGAACGUCCCGGAUUCACCGCAUGGGAAUAUGGGGCUGUUAAGGACCUUUGAUUCCUCUGAGUUUGGCAGCUGGGAGAAAAUAGGCUCAGGUGGAUUUGGACAAGUAUACAAAGUCCGGCACGUACAGUGGAAAACAUGUCUGGCUAUCAAGUGCCCUCCCUGCCUUCAUAUGGAUGAUAAGGAGCGUUCAGAGCUGCUGGAGGAGGCUAAGAAGAUGGAGGCAGCCAAGUUCCGCUACAUCCUGCCUGUGUAUGGGAUCUGUGGCGACCCCCAGGGCCUGGUGAUGGAGUACAUGGAGACGGGCUCCCUGGAGACCCUGCUGGCCACCGAGCUGCUGCCCUGGGAGCUCCGCUUCCGCAUCAUCCACGAGACCGCGGUGGGAAUGAACUUCCUGCACUGCAUGAACCCACCGCUGCUCCACCUGGACCUGAAGCCGGCCAACAUCCUGCUGGAUGCUCACUACCAUGUCAAGAUAUCUGAUUUUGGCCUGGCCCGGUGGAACGGCCUGUCACGGGCCGAUGACAUCAGUAGAGACGGCUUCUGCGGCACUAUUGCCUACCUGCCGCCCGAGAGCAUCAUUGAGAAGGACCGAGUGUCGGACACCAAGCAUGACGUAUACAGUUUCUCCAUCGUCAUCUGGGGGAUUCUCACACAGAAGAAGCCCUACCAAGGUGAGAAUAAUAUCCUUCAGAUCAUGGUGAAGGUGGUGAAGGGGGUGCGUCCAGACCUGGGCGCUGUGCCACGCUGUCGACCUUCAGCCUGUACAGGGUUCCUGAGCCUCAUGCAGCGCUGCUGGACCACAAACCCUGAUGCCAGACCCAGCUUCCAGGAAAUCACAUCUGAAGCUGAGGAGCUGUGCUCUAAACCUCAAGAGGAGCCCAAAACGCCGACCUUAUCCACGUCCGAGCCAGAGCCCACGUCCCCCAACGCGCUCACCAGCGGCCAGGUUAAAGACAACAAGCUGGUGCGUCCAAAGUCAGCCAUGUUGCCUGAAAAAGACUGCAGCCUGUCAGAGCUGCUGAGCCAGGUAGAUUCUGGGAUCUCAAGGAGCUUCGAUCGAGUGAAGGAGGACAGCUGCCACAGCAAAGAGAACACUUGCAAGAGGCUGUCUGGCAUCUCCUCGGCUGACUCAGCCUUCUCCUCCCAAGACUCUAUCACACUGUCUUUUGAGAAAGAAAACACAUGUGACUCUGCUGAGGUCCAGAGGCGGAAGCUGUGUGAGGCCAUCCGGACCAAAGACACUGCCAAGCUGAUGAAGAUCCUCCAGCCUCAGGAUGUCGACCUUCUCCUCGACGGAGGUGGCAGUCUGCUCCACCACGCCAUCACCUUGGCCAAUGAAGAGGCUGUCAAGUUCCUCCUCCUGAACAAUGCCAAUCCCAACCUUGCAAAUGCCCGUGGCUCCACACCGCUGCACCUGGCCACAGAGAGGCACCUGAAGCCCCUGGCAGAACUUCUGCUCGGUCGGCGCAGCACCAACGUCAAUGCCAAGGAUGAGGACCAGUACACGGCUUUGCACUGGGCUGCCCAGAACGGGGACGAGGCCAUGACGCGCCUGCUGCUGGACCGGGGGGCGGCCAUCAACGAGUACGAUGGCCAGGGACGCACGCCGGCUCACGUGGCAUCCCAGCAUGGCCAGGAGAACGUGAUCCGGGUGCUGCUGAGCCGAGGCGCCGACGUUCGAAUCAAGGGUAAGGACAACUGGACGGCGCUCCACUUGGCUGCCUGGCAAGGCCACCUGGGCAUCGUCAAGCUGCUGGUCAAGCAGGCCGGCGCCGACGUGGACGGGCAGACGACAGACGGCCGCACGCCGCUGCACCUGGCUUCCCAGCGGGGGCAGUACCGAGUUGCACGGAUGCUGAUUGAACUGGGAGCGGAUGUUCACAUGACGUCGGCUGGGUUUAACGCACCCAUUCACGUGGCGGCGGAGACGGGUCACACCAGCACUUCUCGCCUCUUGAUCAAACACAAGGCGGAUAUUCACGCACCGAACGCCCAGGGCCUCACUCCUCUCCACCUAGCCUCCCAGCGAGGCCACCUGGCCACGGUCAAGAUGUUAAUAGAAGAGGGAGCAGACCCGUACAGGUCCAACCAGGCCCUACGCACCCCCUGCCACCUGGCAGCAGAGAACGGACACUGUGAAGUCCUGAAAGAGCUGCUCCUCCACUGUCCGGAUGUUGGCGCUCUGUUAGACGAGCAGGGGCUCAGCCCGUUACACCUGGCGGUGCAGGGCGGAUACUCCAACAUCAUCACUAUGCUGCUGCUGCACGACUGCCAAGACUUAGUCACUGAGAGCUCAGUGGAAGCAGUAGCUGAACAGCCAGCACCAGCGGAGGCUCAGCAGCUCCAGAGGAAAGUCGUCAUUCUCAAAUUGACGGAGCACAACGACUGCCCACAAUCCCCCAGCGCGCGGUGUGCCUCGGCUCCCUGCUAACCAGAGCAAAGACUCUGCCAAACCUGUACAGAACAAUAAGCCAAUGUCCUUUGUUUUUAUACUCCACUAGUGCCCCAGAGUUGGGAGGAGAGAGGAUCAUACCAAUCUUAAGAGAGUUUUUUGGACUUAAAAGCCCUUUCAGCACUGUAGUUUAUCCUAAUGGUCAGAAAAGCUUACAUGUAAAUAUGUACACUGUGAAUAGAAAGUAUAAAUGCACAAUUGUUUGUCUACUUUUUUACUUGACAUGCUCAUUUUUUCUUUCUUAACAAGCAUCAGCAUUAUGAUUAGGAAACCUGUGUCCUUUGGGGACGUUUGACUAUACCGCACUGCAGCUGGUAUGCCUGUGAGUUAUAUUUAAGAGAGCACAAACAUUGCUCACAAGCCUUAUUAAGGGAUGCUGUAGAUCAUCAGAGCCCUUGUAUUAAAAACAACUUUGACUUUCAGUGUUCUGUUACAUAUUAGUGCUGCAUCAUCCAUUAAAACAUUUAAAACCUU